CUCGUACAGAAAUAUAUUGCUGUCUCAGUUUUAUCAUAAAUUUAAACAAGGACGUCGAUAUGUUUUGUACGGAUGUUUGAGCAAUGGAACUCCGCAAAACAAAAACUAAACACUACACAUUGAAUACCAUGUGAGAUGCAUCCAACGAAAUGGCCCUCGCUAGCAAGUGUGUGGGGCUCGCGACGCGCGCUCGGCGGCCUGCACGACCCCAAGGACCCUCUCAUCACGCUACAGACCCUCAAAGCCCUCAAAUCGCUCAAGUCCCUGCAAUCACUGCAAUCCUUGCAGUCGCUACAGUCACUACAAUCUCUGCAGUCACUGCAGUCGCUGCGGGAAUUGCAGGCAAUACAGAGGCCGCCCCUAAACUGGCCGCACGUCGCCAGCCAUGAUUUCAUAUUCUACUCGUCUAAAGGCGAUGAACCCAUUAUUCGACUAGACAAGACGCUGGGUCGUAUGCCGGGCGCGGGCACAUUUCCACCACACUGGCUGCGGCUGCCCGCCAGCCCACCACCACAUUUCGAGGUUGGGGGUGGUACAGCGGUGGGUGCAGAGGGUGCCGGUGGCGGGGUGCGGGCGCGGGGCGAGUGGGCCGGGCUGGCGAGCGGCUGGGUGGCGGGAGCGCUGCUAUUGCUGGCCGCGCUACUGCUUGUGCGCUUCGUCGACCGCCUCACUAGGAGGAUACUCAACCUGCGAAGACGACCGUCGGAGGAAUGGCCGACACCGACCGUCCUCGCGACCUCGCAACAAUACUUAGAGGGAGAUGACGUGCCCUCCCGGUCGCCGUCUGAAGCCAGUGCGGAUCCUCCACCGCCGUACUCCGCGUGCGCACCCUCCGGCCUGCCGCCCGGCCCGCCCGCCUGCGACAAGCGGCCCUCCGCCCUCGAGGAGCCCCCGCCGCCAUACUCCGCCUGCUACGUCGCCUUCGCCAACCCCAAGGAGGGCAUUCCCUCCGUACAUUUCUACAACGGACAGGGGCAGAGUCUCGGCGAGGAGAGUCAGCGGAGCACUAUUGAGCCCAAACGGCAAAAUACAAUCGAUAAAAGUGAUGGUUGUGAUAGUGUAACUGUGUCUGCUGUGAAUCUAAGUAGAGAUGGCAGGGAUGAGACAAUCUACAUCGACUCUGUGCCGUCGACUAGCGGCGCGACAGGGGAGGGGACUCAUAUUGUCAAUAUUGGCUGAGUUCACAAGCAGUCCAUAAGCUUUGUAAUCAAACUUCAAGCAAUAAAUAAGUGAUUUAUUUAUAUUGUAGGUCAGCAGAGCAAGUUGCAAUAACUGUUCUCGAGGCACAAACUUAGAGCGCGUAGUGACACUGAAAAUAUUCCAAAUCUCCAUAACUUCACGUUAUAUUUAUUCUUAGAAACGUGUAGAUCUAAAUGUAGCUUAUUUGUAAGU